UGUUGUAGUACCUCAAAAAAGUACAAUUAAAUGUAUUUGCCAUAUCAGAAAUCCGUUUUAUAUCUGAGAAUAGUAAUAAUAUCAAUCCAACUUUCAUAUUUUUUUUGCGAUUUUCAUUAAAAAUCGUUUAUAUGAGUAGAGCGGAGAGUGUAAUCGUGAAAGUAUGAACAAAAGCGAUCUUGUAUUGAACAAAGGAUUUCCCCAUAAAAGGAUAUAGCAAGAAAGAUAAGGAAGAUAUGAUAAACCUCGAGGAUAUGGAUGCAAGAUAAAGAUAAGAAGACAUGCCGAAAUACAUUACCAUUCAGUCGACAUGCUGAAGUUUGUGCUUGUUACACUACUCUUCGUUCAAGCAUGUACUGCUUGGGAGAACUACGUGUAUCCGCUCGGCCAUGCGGGUACCUGCUUAGAAGCUGGAACGACAUGUCUGGCUUGUAAUGCGCUUGUUAACUGCUUCGCCACUGAGCAGGGUCUCGAAUCCCUUGUCAUCCCCUGCCCCUCUGGCACUAAGUGUCAUGUGGAAGGGGGAGUGGCUUCCUGCUUUCCAGAGUCCGAAGUAGCCGAGUGUGCUUGUUCGAGUCUGGGCGUGUUCCCCGAUCCCUACAGCCAGCACCACUACUUCAUAUGUUAUCCUGAAGACGACAACACAAUUAUAGCUGUAGAGGCCGAGUGUCCAGAAGGAAGUGUGUUCAGUGAGGAAAAGCAAGACUGUGUAGAAGAGAUCGUCGGGGGGACAUGCACGCACCCGGGAGUCUUCCCCACGUCAACCUGCUCCCGAGCCUUCUACUACUGCGUCUACCAAGAGGGAAGCAGCAGUCUCGUCCAGGUGCGAUUCACGUGUUCGCAGCACGAGGUUUUCCAUCCGAGCCUCUGCCAGUGCACACGCCCGGAGUUGGUCACGCAAUGCUCGCAGACAACCUCUUCCCGACCUGACUGGACCACAAACCCCUGGUGGACGACAUCCACUUCCCGACCUGAAUGGACCACAGACCCCUGGUGGAAGACAUCCACUUCCCGACCUGAAUGGACCACAGACCCCUGGUGGAAGACAUCCACUUCCCGACCUGAAUGGACCACAAACCCCUGGUGGACGACAUCCACUUCCCGACCUGAAUGGACCACAGACCCCUGGUGGAAGACAUCCACUUCCCGACCUGACUGGACCACAGACCCCUGGUGGAAGACAUCCACUUCCCGACCUGAAUGGACCACAAACCCCUGGUGGACGACAUCCACUUCCCGACCUGACUGGACCACAGACCCCUGGUGGAAGACAUCCACUUCCCGACCUGAAUGGACCACAAACCCCUGGUGGACGACAUCCACUUCCCGACCUGAAUGGACCACAGACCCCUGGUGGAAGACAUCCACUUCCCGACCCGAAUGGACCACAAACCCCUGGUGGACGACAUCCACUUCCCGACCUGAAUGGACCACAGACCCCUGGUGGAAGACAUCCACUUCCCGACCCGAAUGGACCACAAACCCCUGGUGGACGACAUCCACUUCCCGACCUGACUGGACCACAGACCCCUGGUGGAAGACAUCCACUUCCCGACCCGAUUGGACCACAAACCCCUGGUGGAAGACAUCCACUUCCCGACCUGACUGGACCACAAACCCCUGGUGGACGACAUCCACUUCCCGACCUGACUGGACCACAGACCCCUGGUGGAAGACAUCCACUUCCCGACCUGAAUGGACCACAAACCCCUGGUGGACGACAUCCACUUCCCGACCUGAAUGGACCACAGACCCCUGGUGGAAGACAUCCACUUCCCGACCCGAAUGGACCACAAACCCCUGGUGGACGACAUCCACUUCCCGACCUGACUGGACCACAAACCCCUGGUGGAAGACAUCCACUUCCCGACCCGAUUGGACCACAAACCCCUGGUGGAAGACAUCCACUUCCCGACCUGACUGGACCACAGACCCCUGGUGGAAGACAUCCACUUCCCGACCCGAUUGGACCACAAACCCCUGGUGGAAGACAUCCACUUCCCGACCUGACUGGACCACAAACCCCUGGUGGACGACAUCCACUUCCCGACCUGAAUGGACCACAGACCCCUGGUGGAAGACAUCCACUUCCCGACCCGAAUGGACCACAAACCCCUGGUGGACGACAUCCACUUCCCGACCUGACUGGACCACAGACCCCUGGUGGAAGACAUCCACUUCCCGACCCGAUUGGACCACAAACCCCUGGUGGAAGACAUCCACUUCCCGACCUGACUGGACCACAAACCCCUGGUGGACGACAUCCACUUCCCGACCUGAAUGGACCACAGACCCCUGGUGGAAGACAUCCACUUCCCGACCCGAAUGGACCACAAACCCCUGGUGGACGACAUCCACUUCCCGACCUGAAUGGACCACAGACCCCUGGUGGAAGACAUCCACUUCCCGACCCGAUUGGACCACAAACCCCUGGUGGAAGACAUCCACUUCCCGACCUGACUGGACCACAACCCCUGGUGGAAGACAUCCACUUCCCGACCGAAUGGACCACAGACCCCCCGACCUGAAUUGGACCACAGACCCCUGGUGGAAGACAUCCACUUCCCGACCUGAAUGGACCACAAACCCCUGGUGGACGACAUCCACUUCCCGACCUGAAUGGACCACAGACCCUGGUGGAAGACAUCCACUUCCCGACCCGAAUGGACCACAAACCCCUGGUGGACGACAUCCACUUCCCGACCUGAAUGGACCACAGACCCCUGGUGGAAGACAUCCACUUCCCGACCCGAAUGGACCACAAACCCCUGGUGGACGACAUCCACUUCCCGACCUGAAUGGACCACAGACCCCUGGUGGAAGACAUCCACUUCCCGACCUGAAUGGACCACAAACCCCUGGUGGAAGACAUCCACUUCCCGACCUGACUGGACCACAGACCCCUGGUGGAAGACAUCCACUUCCCGACCCGAAUGGACCACAAACCCCUGGUGGACGACAUCCACUUCCCGACCUGACUGGACCACAGACCCCUGGUGGAAGACAUCCACUUCCCGACCUGACUGGACCACAAACCCCUGGUGGACGACAUCCACUUCCCGACCUGACUGGACCACAGACCCCUGGUGGAAGACAUCCACUUCCCGACCCGAAUGGACCACAAACCCCUGUGGACGACAUCCACUUCCCGACCUGA